GGCUGGCGUCACCGUGACAUCAGCCUCGGCAACAUCAUGAUCUACAAAGAACGUGGAUUCCUUAUUGACUGGGAGCUCGCUCAGCGCCCGCACCUGAUGAACACAGGGAAGCCCAGACUGCCGGACCAGACGGGUACUUGGAGAUUCAUCUCGGCAGCCAGACAGCUCGACCCACUGAGCGCGCCGCACCUCGCUAUGGACGACAUGGAGUCCGUGUUCUGGGCCUUCCUCUACCUUGCACUUAGGUAUGGCAAUCACGAUUUGAGCGGCGAACGGAUAAAGGAACGACUCCAGGUGAUCUUCGAGGAGAGGUCCGUGGCCGAUGGUAUAAUGCGAGGCGGCAACGCCAAAAACAAUGUCAUGACAGAUUCCCAGCCUUGGCCCAACGCGACUAUACCCACCCGGUUCACUCCCAACGCUCUCAACAAUGUCCUCAUAUCUAUGCGAGAUGCGUUUCAACCCCGGUAU